ACUACUAGUAUUACAACUAGUACUACCACUGCAAAUAGUAUUACUACUACAACUACUACUACUACUACUACCACCUCUACUACUACAACUACACCUUCUACUACACCUACUAAUUCUACUACAACUAGUAAUACUACUACUACAAAUACUACUAAUAAUUUUGAUGAAAGUUUGUAGGUAUUGGUUCCUGUAUCUGGACAGUUCUGAGUUAUUUUGACUGAUAAUUCUUGGCUGCUAGAGUUGACAGCGGGAUAUUAAUUACUGUUGGAAUUAUUACUUUGGGAUGUAUUAAGUAAGAAGCGGCGCAAGUUAACCUGCGUACAGUGUUCGGAAUGGCGAAGACGAAUCCGUGGGCAGGUGAGGGGCUUGGGAGGCGGCGUGCUCAGUAUCGGUCGAUAUCAGAUAUCAGAGUUGGGGGGUAUCAGCGGACCAGCCUCACUCUCUCUCCUACUGUAGUGCCGACCAGCACACCCUACCACGGCCCUCGUACUAAGGAUGGUCGGUAGAGUUUCGUGAAAGCGUUGGUAACUGUUGUGUAGGUUAUCACGUGGCCACACACACCUGCCUCGCUGCAUAAGUGUUCAAGUGACGUGUAGUUAUGGAUAACCAGAGUAUAAACACCCACACCUCCCUCUCCCAGGACUCUGUUAACAUGGGAGGUGGUCCAGCCCUGGGUGCUGGGAUGGGCCAGGUUGUGGGUGGUGCUGGAGUGGGCCAGGUCGCCGGUGCUGGGAUGGGUGGUAGUGUUGGUGCAGUGGGUGGUGGUGGUGGUGUUGGUGCAGUGGGCGGUAGUGUUGGUGCAGUGGGUGGUGUUGGAGGAGUGAACAUGGGGGGGAGCUUGACAAGACGGACAUCCCGCGUGUGGCGAUACUUCGGCAUGGUAGACAACUGCCACUAUAUCUGCCGCUUGUGCUCCUUCGUGGGAGCCUACACCAACACCACAAACAUGAGGAAACACAUCCAGCACCACCACCCUGAGAGGUUCCAGGAUAUCCUCGACCACACGCGACCAACAAGCCGCCCAUUUUGCAUGCGACCUCCUCAACACUACCCACAACACAACACCAACUAUCCCGGCGGCCUUAUCUACCCCCACAAGUUCCCAGGCAAGAGGAUGAUCCUUCCAAAACCAGCAGAAAUGCCUUAUAACCACGGCGACACAAGAAAUGAUCCCAAUAUGGCAGCGACACCCACUUCCCAACAGUGUUCAGUAGUCUCACACAUGGGUCCCUCUACCUCGCAAUCUUCACUUCCAGAGACUUCCAUGAACACUUCGUAUCACACAGGGCCUCACAGCUUCCUCUAUCAUGCCAGGACUCACCCGUCCAGCACAAUACUGUCUCUGUGUGUGAACUGAGUCCUGAAGAAAGCAAAUUGGUUAUCCAGUUCCUACCGUCUGCGAGCGAAGCCAGUGAC